UUUCCACGACCAUGGUCCGCAAGAAGCAGCUCGACCGCGCCAAGAAGCGAUCGCGCUGGAAGGCCGACGAGGAGGAACCCAAGUGGGACUCGACCGUCUGUCACGCCUUGGAGGCCCUGCAAGGUCUCGUGUUUCAGGGCGUCAAUGAUCGUUGCAAGUCGGCUCUGCUCAAAGAACUGUACAAGAGAUCGCCGUUACUUGCGGCAGCCUACUGUGGGCACAAUCCAUCAGUAGAAGCGCUGCUCAAUGCUGGAAACGACGUAAACGUCACUGCCAGGGACGGAAGCACGCCUGUAAUUCUAGCCAUAAGUCAAGGCCACACGGAUAUUGCGCUGAAGCUGCUGCAGGGAAACGCUGACGCAACCAUCGUCAACCAGUGCGUGUUUUUGAUUCUUCACGUGCGCUAG